GCCGCCAUCGGUACCAGUCACUAAGGAUCGACACCGACGUAACAGGAUGCUGUUGGUGGGAGGAAAUACGCCUGAAUACGGGAAGAGAAUGAAAAGUUCUCGUUUAGUGCCUCACAAAGAUAGAAUCGUGGUUCGGGUGUUUUCAUACCCACGUAGCAACGCCACCUCACUAACUUAAUCUUUGGCAGCCGCUGCACUUGCUGUUUUAACCAUUAACCCGUGCUCCUUUGCCGCCUCGGCCAAUCACAGAGCUCCGUAUAAAAAGGUCCUGGAGUCCAGUCGACAAUUAGCCAGACUCCCUUGGAACUUUAAUAAAAUUCUCCACAAUGUCUCGCGCAGCCGAACGACUGAAGAAAAUCGUACAUCACCUGGAGGGGCGAAUCAUUGCCUCCCCAACAAACACUUCUAGAGUAACUGAAGAAUACCCAUUGGAAUUACGCUAUACAUUAGAAAAUGACCUCCUUACUCUUGAGCAGAGACACUUCUAUGAAAAGAAUGGAUUCAUCCUCAUUAAAAAUCUGGUUUCCCAUGAAGAUCUUGAUACAUUCAGAGGUGAAUUUGAAAAGAUUUGCCGAAAGGAAGUGAAUGUCCCUGGACUGAUGAUAAUGAAGGAUAUUACUAUUGCCAGCUCUGAACUGGUACCAGAUCAGAAAGUAAUCACCAAACUGCAACAUUUUCAAGAAGAUCCAGCUCUGUUCAGAUAUUGCUGCCUUCAACAGAUUUUAAAGUAUGUGGAGUGCUUUAUUGGACCCAACAUCAUGGCAAUGCAUACAAUGUUAAUUAACAAGCCACCGGACACAGGGAAGAAAACAUCUCGUCAUCCCUUGCACCAAGAUCUGCACUAUUUUCCUUUUAGACCUGCAGAUUGCAUUGUGUGUGCCUGGACAGCCAUGGAGAAAAUAGAUCGUAAUAAUGGAUGCCUAGUGGUGUUGCCAGGGACCCACAAAGAAAGCCUAAAACAGCAUGAUUACCCUGAAUGGGAGGGAGGUGUAAAUAAAAUGUAUCAUGGAAUUCGUGAUUUUGAUCCUAACCUUCCACGUGUUCAUCUUGUUAUGGAAAAAGGAGACACUGUAUUUUUCCACCCACUGCUAAUCCAUGGAUCUGGAACGAAUCGUACACAAGGGUUCAGAAAGGCUAUUUCUUGUCACUACGCAGCAUCUGACUGCUUUUACAUUAAUGUAAAAGGAACAACUCAAGAAAACAUAGAACAAGAGGUGAAAGAAAUUGCUUACAAGAAAUAUGGACUGGAUGCAACCAUUACACUUCAGGAUACUUGGGCUGUGAAAGGUCGUGUUGUGCAGGGAGAAAGGAUGUCACUGUGAAGAAUGAGCAAGAUGAAAUGAAGUGCUGAGAACUAAUAAUAUAUAUAGUUUUAACCUGAGAUUUGUUUUAAUUAUUUAUAAAUUGUUUAUUUCCCUUAAACAAGGAAUACUAAUUGACGUAACUUCACAAACUACAAUGAUGAUUAUAUUCUAAUUAUUAGUGAAGAACGUUAUGUUUUUUAUAAAAAUGUCUGCAUUCUAAAAUCAAAGGGAAUUUUCAGAAAAAAAGUUUUUAUUUUAUUUUGCAUCCUUGAACUUCUGAUAAGAACCAGCCAGCAAGGCAUGGGCAGCAACCAAUGGUGAAGGGUCCACAUGCUACCCUUAAUUUCUCCCUUGAUUAAACAGUUCCUUUGAAACUGUAAAGAUAUUUAGAAAAACACGAAUGCAGAAUUAUUAAAUCUACACCAAAACUGCCUGUGCAUUUCUUUUCAUGAUCUUCUCUGUAAGACUCAUAGUAAAGGAUCCACUAAUAAUGUGCAUACUGCAGGGAAGCUAUACAAUGGUACUUUCAAAUGUAUCAAUGCAGUACUGAUACUUGCCUGUAAUAAAGAAGCCAUUCUUUUUUCUUCAGUUUUUAGGUUUUAAAGGUGAUUUGAUACUGUACAUCUCUUUGUUUUCUGAACCUGAAAGACAUGCUGUCCAUAGUUACAAAUGAAAAAAUACUGUAACAUAAAUGAUGCCUUCAAAUGAGAUAAUAUAAAUGAAAAUAUUUUAUUAAAUCUUAUGGCUAUAUGUAA